CCAAAACGCUACCGUUUUCUCUUUCAUCUCUCUUCUACUUCAUUGUUUUCUUUCCCUUUUCCCUCACUCACUCCGGUUCUUCCCACUUCACACUUCACACACGCGCAGCAAUGGAGUCAGAUCCAGUUACACGCUACUGCCACACCCACCGUAUUGUUCUCCUCAUCGAUGUGGCUCCACUCCACCACCACCCUUGCUACACCCAGCGCCUUAUUUCCUUCUUCCAAACCCUCCUUUCUUUCCCUCCACUUUCCUCUUCUCUAUUUGCCUUCAAACUUUUCUUCUCUUCACUCUCUCCCCUCCUCUCUUUCUCUAAACUCCAACCCUACCUCUCUAAUCCCUCUCUUUCCUUUGACCACCCUUCCUCCACUCUUGUACACCUCUCCCACACCCUCUCCUCUCUCCCCUCUUUCCACCCUUUCUCCACCCCCGACGCCUCUCACCUUGCUGAAAAUCUCUCCCAAAUCCUCCAUGACCACUCCUGGGAACACCACGACCACACCUCCCACACACCUCGCGCUAUUUCCCCUAACCUGGUUCUCCUCUUUUCCCCCUCUUUCACAUCUUUCACUUCCCUUUCGUCCUUUUUCAACACGGACGCUAACCUAAUCGCCAACCCAGCUUCUCUCUAUUUAAAAUUCUCUUUGUUUUUCGGUAGUGUGAGUCGUGCGUUUCGCUCCAGGGGAAUUCAUUGUAGUUGGAUUAGUAUUGAUGGUGAGAUUGAGGGUGGAAUUGAGAGUAAUGAGAAUAAUGAAGGGAGGGAAUUGCGUUGUUUGUUUGAGACUGGGGUUGGGAGACUUGGGUGGGGGUUUUGCUCGUUGGAUUCGGUGCUGUUUGGUUCGGCUGUUGUUCCGUUUGGCCUUGUUUAUCCCAAAAUUGGGGUUUCUUUGAGCUCACUUUGCUGUUCUUCUAGAGGUUUUAAUGUUGGCGGGCAGUUGAGUCUUCGGAUCUUGGAUGUGAGUGGGAGUCCAAUUGAGUACAACUGUUGUGAUCUUGAGUUUGUUGAUUUGAAGGUUAAUUCGGAGUUGGCGAAUUUGCGAGGUUGUGAAAGGAGGGAAGGGUUUCGGAAGAUGUGUUUGGAGGGAGGUGUGAAGUUGGAGGUUAAGGUUGUGAGGAGGUGUGAUGGGUUUGUGGAGUUAGAGGAGUGGUUGUGUGAUUCAAUUAUGGUGCGGGAGCGUUUCGGGGGAUUGAAGAAGAAAGAGAAGGGUGAUUUGGAUGGUUGUUUUGCUGAUAGGGUUCUUGAGCUUGUUGCAAGUGAGUUUGGUUGUCAGUGGCAGCGGAAAUUGGUGCCGGUUUGGGAGAUGCUGUUGAGUUUUCUCUAUAGGGAAGGUUGUUGGGCGUUGGUGUCUGUUACCAAUGCCAAAGGUGGAUCAUGUUUGGGUAUUCUGAGGCCUUUUACUGUGUUUGCUGCUCUAUUUUCUGUGUUAGGAGAUCCAAAUUUUGGUGAAGCGAAUGUAGGACAAUAUAUUAGGAUGGUGGAUGAUGAAACUUGCAAAUCUGAUGGCAAACAUAACGAGAAUGGAGAUUUGUUGGAUUCUCAAGUUAAGAAGAGUGCUGUGGUGGUUGGGGUUCAUCAGCGAAAGAAAAUUAAUUUGAAUACACUUCGGGACAUCACGUGGAGCUCGUUCUGUAAGUUGGUGUAUGAUCAAUUUGACACAGAUUUGCUUGAUGUUUAUUAUACCAUGGAAGGUAACAAGUCUAAAAAGUUGAAGUUUUUGAAAUGCUGGAUGAAACAGAUGAAAAAAUCUGGCUUUUCAGAUCUAACUUUGUUAGAAAAACCCAAGCCAGAUCCACUAGUUGCCGGAGAGGCUAAGAGUAGAUUGAAUGACUUACCUCAAAAUGGUGAACAGCCAAUCUCCUCAUUUGCCUCCGCUGAAGUUAAUCUUGAACCGGAGGAAUCAAGAAUGCAGGAGGAUGCUGACCUAGACUUUAGGUCAGAAACAUCUGAAACAUUUUUCAGCAGUCUUGCUGACAGGAUCAAUCGUGGAAUUGAAUCUGAAAGUGUAGACAUGGGGGCCUUGGCAGUGCGACUUGUUAAUUCAUCUAUAUACUGGCUAUGUCAGAAGAUUGAUAGGGAAACUAUUUCUCAGAGUCAGUCUCCUUCAAAAGAUCAUAAAGCCUGUGGUAGCAUGAUUGCGUCUGAGCUGAUAAAACUUUUAUUAAGGGAGCCCAAGGAGAUAGCAGCAAAGCAUAAAAGCCAAAAUCCAUUCUCUCAGUCUCAAGCAUUUGAUUCGGAACCUGUUACACCUGUUACAGAACUUGUAGUUAAAGAAUAUGAACUGCAGAUUUUAUUUCGGAUGGAGAUUUUACAAUCAGAGGUUGGAAGUGGAGUUGAGGAUUCCUGCAAACGGAAGUUUGUAAAACAAAUAUGCCUGCUUCUAGAGAACAUUCAAUGUCACAUGGGAAUGGGAUUCUUUGGUGAUUGGACUCUUGAAAAUUAUGUGACAAAGAUCAUCAAAAACAGGUAUUCUCUCACACUUGAAGACAUGGUUCAGAAAAUCUACAACAAAAUGGACCUGCUGUUGUUUGCUGAUGAGGAUGAGGCCCCAAAUAGUUUACUCAACAGUGAGGACAGCAACAAAUCAUUGAACAAAAGGGCAUACAGAGAUGAGGUAGGUGAAAAUGAUGUCAGUAACCAACCUAUUUCUGCAGAAAUUGAGCCUGUUCAGUUGCAGAAGGAUGGCAGUGGAAGAUUCCAAAGGAUUGUAAAUGGUGAACAUGAUAAAAGACUAAUUGAAGCUAAGGAAAGGAGAGAGAGAGCACGGAGAUUUUCUUCUUGUAGAAGUUGGAAGCCUGUUUUGCGAAGAGUUUGGGCCCCAAAACAGAUGGGUAUGAAGUCCAAGAUAGAUCCACUUCAAAGGGUGCCUAAAAGGAAGGAGCGAGAAAGGGCAAGUUAUGGCACUGUUUGUGAGACCCCAAUGACAGGAAAUAAGCAUUCAAGCCCAAGGAUAAGGGGUUCAGAAGAUAAUAACAAUGGCCUGGCUGAUGGGAGUCAACGAAGUGGCUCAGUUUCCAAGGCAUUGUUCAAGGAUGAUCUUUGAUGUGAGUAAACCAUGCUUAACAUCCAUAGUGAAAUUGUAUAUGCAAACUCGCAGAGUAGAAUAACUCUUGAUAGGUGUUUAACCACAAAUGAUGGAAUGUAAAUGACUGGAUUUGGAGUUAAAUUUGCUUUACCAGUGUUCUCGAUACUUGUUCACUAACAUGAUCAAGUGAUGUGCUACAUUAUGAUUUUUUACUUACAUUACUCAUUAGCUCAACCAAUAAACAAUUUAUUUAUUCGAUUGUCAAGUCUUUAUCUUUACAGCUUCUGAGCUUUUUUGUGUAUUCAUGACCUGUUAUGACUCCUUUCCAUUGGGAUGCAUACUUUCUAAGGUAAGCAUGUUAAAAACAGUUCUUUGAUCCUUGCAAUGAAAUACAGUAAAACAGUUGUUUUUUC